CCGGAUGGUGGGUGGAGAGGAGGGUCUCUUGAUGUUUGUCGAGAAAUAAAGCCACAGCUUUGGUGUUCGUCUGUCAGCUGCUUCUGGGACUGACGCAGGGUAGCGGCGGCAGGGGGACUGGCACGGAGCACAUCAAGCCUCUCAGCAGACAAUUGGAACAGGAAGCCAGGAAGGAAAGGGUCUUUCAGCAAGGAAGGAAGACUGGCAAACUCAUUGGGACUGUGACAGGACAGCCACACAGUAGCUCCAGGGACCACCCAUUGUAAGAGUAUCACACAUACACACUUAAAGGCACGGAGAGAGAAGGACGGACAGACGGAAACCUCUUUGAGCAGUAACAGUCACAGACGAUAAGGACACAAUAAGAAGGUCCAUGGAAGAUCCGAAGAUGAACCACAGCCACUCAAACACUUCUCUCAAGUGUGUUCGGGACACCAGUGUGACCGCUCUGGUUUUCCCCUGUUUAUACAGCCUCCUCUUUAUAGUCGCCCUGAUACUGAAUUCCCUUGCUGCCUGGAUCUUCUUCAGCAUCCCCAGCUCCUCGACAUUUGUGGUCUUUCUAAAGAAUGUGGUGGUGGCUGACCUUCUAAUGACCCUGACCCUACCUGUGAGGGUCUUAAGUGAUGCAGACGUGGGCUCCUGGCAAUUACGUGCCUUUUACUGCAAAUACACUGCUGUUUUAUUCUACAUCACCAUGUACAUCAGCAUCCUCCUGCUGGGGCUCAUCAGCCUGGACCGCUACCUGAAGAUAGUAAAGCCCUUUGGGAAGUGUUUCCUCCAGCAGGUUCGUGUUGGCCAGGUGUUGAGUGCAGCUGUCUGGGCAGUCAUGUUAGCUUUGGCCUUACCGAACGUUAUUCUGAGUAACCAGCCGCCACGGGUCUCUGGCGAGAGACUGAAGUGCACCUCCAUGAAGGGCGAAGCCGGCAUGCUUUGGCAUGAAGGUUUCAACUAUUUCUGUCAGGUGGUUUUCUGGGGCACGCUGGCCUUGAUGGUGGUUUGCUACACGUUCAUCAGCAAGAAGGUUUAUGAGUCAUACAAGGCCUCGAAGAGCCGAUCUCAAGCGGUCAGUCGCAGAACCAAAGCAAAGGUAUAUGUGGUAGUGGGGGUGUUUUUCAUCUGCUUCGCCCCGUUUCACUUUGUUCGCGUCCCCUACACACUCACUCAGACUCGCAGCACGGCGGGUCCCUGCCAGACGCAGAACGCUCUCUACAUCGCUAAAGAAACCACCCAGUGGCUGUUGUCCACUAACGUGUGUCUCGACCCCCUUAUCUACGUGUUCCUGUGUAAGGUGUUUAGGAAAAGACUGACAGCUGCAAUCUGCCGUAAGCAACUCCCCGUCAGUACAAUGGAGUCCACCGCGGCGACACUGACUCUAAAGGAGAUGUCACAGAUCCGUCUAAGUAACAGGAUGUCAUGUGAUGGGUUGGCGCAGUAACACACGGGACAAUGUCCAAUGGGGAAUCAAUCUCUUUCAGUCAAGGCAUGACGAGACAGCGCCUGGAAGGCUUAUUUUGCUUGUAAAUAGCAUGUAUCGCAAUGACAGUAGUUGUAGAAAUUCAUAAAUAAUACAAGGAUGUUUAAUAGAUAAUGCGAGAGAAAAGAGUCAGACCAUUUGAUACAGGGGCCGACUAACCAUGACCGUCUGACCCAUGUUUGCUAAGUCAUCCAACAUGUUUUCUUAAUUGUACAGACUGAUAUUUUCUACUUCCUUCGCUUUUCUAAUCUCAUUCAAACUGCACUUUCCCUUCCCAGAACUUUGGCAAAAAGGAAAACAUGUUCACAGUGCAUGUUGUUCAAUGAUUACACACAAAAUGUGACCAGGGACUGAGUGAUAACAAAAUGAGGCCAGCAGACUGCUGAAAGCUACAGUGUCUGACCAAUACCAAUACGAUUAAUGUUUUUAAAUGUUAUCGUAUUUAACUUUCAUGCUGGAGGGUUUUGAAAAAUAAAUUAGUCUAAAACAUGUGGUGCAAUAGCUUUCAUGAUUAUCAAAAACAAAGAAAACAUCUUUGCUAAGAUAAUUUAUUAUUAAAGGCAGCAAAUUAAGAAAAGAACUAGUAGAUGAUACAGAUAAUGCAGCAGAAGAAAUAAAAAUAUAUUUUAAAUUACAUUUUUAAAUGGAGGCAGUUUGUGCUUACCCUGCUUAUUGUAAGCACUGAAUACAGAUGAUUAUGUUUUUCGGAGAGUACCUUUAUUUAGUGGCUGACUGACAGGAACUGCAUGCAGACACACAUUGCUGCAGAUGUGGUUGAUCAAACCACAGAUAGAGCAGAAUCUUUCCAAAGGUCAUGAUAGCAUUACUGCAGUAUUAUUUUCAAAAAUUGAACAAGGCGAUGGAAGAAUAUAUAGAACCGGAAUAAAUUAACUUUUGCCAAUACGCCCAGACGACAUGAACUGGCUCCGCGGGAUAAAUGUCACUCCCCACCUGAUUUACAAUUGUGUCUCCAUGCAGGUCUGAUUAAUGUAAUAAUGAAAUAUGAUCUUCACCCACUCAAACCGCUGUCCGCUACGACCAAAGCUGAUACUUUGGCAGGAAAUUAACGAGCUACAGAGCGGUCGCAGAGGCGAGUAAAGACCGUUUGUCUCCCUCAGAUUAAAUCCUCCGACAGAUGACCCCCCCCCCAAUAGUGAAUUAUGGAAAUGUCUAAAUGACAUUCAUGGAAAUUAAGUAAACCCUGAUAAUGUUGCCUUCCAGUGUGCACAAAGCAAGUUUGGAAGAGAAAAGACCAAGACAAAUAGGAGGCAAGUAGGUGGAUCAUUAAAGUUUAGACUUGUUGAACAAAAAAGGUCUACUAUUCUAAACUUCCAGUGAUGGAUAAUAAUAAAAUUUAAGAGGCUUGACUUACUUUACUAAAACACUUUAAUGUGUGGAGUGUGUAUUUUGGAUAAUUGCAGACAUAUUUAUCUCAAAUUCAAAAACAGAGAUAGGAUUCAAGAACAUGCAAGACUUUCACAUUUAGGCGAAGAGGAAUUGAUAAACAGCCAUGUCCUUAAAAUAUUUAACAAUUGAUUUUAAUCAAAUCACACAAAACUAAAAUUGAUGAAAGAAUGAUGUGUUCCUUUGCACUUGGUUAAAGCAAACUUAACUUUGUCAAACUGUCCGAUUUGAACGUUUCCAGGCUUUUUCCUUGCAAGAUGGCAGGUCAUUUUAUAUCAUUUAAAUAUUGAUAAAUUACCAUUUGUUUCUCAAAACAAUGACAAGAUUAAAAAUGUUUGAUUAAUACAUCUGUGUUCCGGAUAGGCUUGGCUUCCACUUAUUUCAUGUGUAAAUAUGUUGCAUCUUAAACGCUUUAUGAUUCUGGCCUACAUACCCAUAUGACUUCUACUUUGUCUAUAUGUAUUUGUCUACUAUAGUACAGUACAGUACAGUAUUGCUGGCGGAGGGGGAAAAAAGCAGACGAAUGUGUCCUUAAGGAUGCAGGACUUCGACACACAGCCAUUGUCUAACAUAAAACCGGUCCGUGAGGCAAAAUGAGUUUGGCACCACUUUAACUGAAGUCACCUGGCUUUAAAUGGUGAACAUGUCAAUGGAACAGCACUUUGCUGCAGCAUAUCACAUCACCAUGAGACCGUCAAAAAUUAUGCUUUAGAUGAAGUGUAUUUAAUGAAUUCUUGUUUCUUGCACUUCUGAGAUUGUAUCCCUAUGGUUGAAAUGCACUUAUUGUAAGUCAGCCAAAUGACAUGUAAUGUAAUGUAUUUGUUUCAUAGUUUUUACUCUCCGAUGUGGAUGUCUUACAACCUCUUUCAUCAAGUCAUUUCAAAUGAUGUUUUUA